AUGGGAGAACAUGACCAGCGCAAACAGGGGCAUGGAGGGGGAUAUAAUAAGAAGAGAAGAUAUAGAGAUGAUGAGGGAGGUGAUCGUUAUCGACAUCAGCGCAGGAGAUACGAGGAGCCACUUGCUGCAACUAUCAGGAGACAGCUGUUAAAUGUUGCAGAGCCGACUUCGCGACGACCUGAAGAUGAUGUUACAAAAAUCGCAAAGAUGGUUGCCGAGAAUUACUCUGACGAGGCGAUGAAGGUGUCUUUCGAGGACCUUGUAUUGCAAAUGAUUAUUGAACAGCCAAUGAAAAUACCUUUCGUCGCUGCAAUUAUCCUCCUACUCAACACGCUUAAGCCAGAAGCCACCACUCCGAUUAUUUCUAAGAUCGGAGAGCAAGCAGCCCUGUAUGUUGGACAGGGAAAUUGGCGAAAUGUCAAGCUUAUGCUACGGUUCUUGGGCUGUUUGCAGGGCAUAUUUGAAGGCGAGGGUAUAUUUCCCGUGCUGGAGGAGCUAUUCUCACGUGCCGUUGAUCUCCAAACUGGCUCGUCAGAGGAUUCCCUUGGCCUGGAGCUCGUCAACAUUAUUCUCUUAACGAUUCCAUAUGUGAUGGCCUCGUCUGCCACAGGAUUCGAGUCUCACGCCUCUGCCCUACUAGAGAAGACAGAUAUCAUUGCUUCGACUCCGCAUACCCUUGAGGCCAUCGUUGACCCUUUCCCUUCAAAACAGGGAGAGGAAGAAGGUACCAGGCUAAGUGCUCUAGGUCUCAUUCAGAAACAGCUGCAAGAUGAAUCUGCGCAAUCGUGGAAACUCGCUUGUAUUCCACGGCCAUGGAAGGAACCGCUCGCUCAACAAGAAAAAGAAAAGGAAUCAAAAGAAGCCACUGGCGAAGAGGAGAAAAAGGAGGCCGAAGAGGCACCUAAAGCCCCUACCAAGCAUGCCUUCCCGAAGGUCGCGGUACCGAAUCCAGUCAAGAAUGGACCAAAGGCCAUUUUCCCUGAGAUUUAUUUCUCAGUUUACACUCACCAGGACGUCGACACGGUUCCCCCGACAUCUGACAUUGCAUCCUCAUUAAUCCGCGACGCAUUGGUUGAUACGAUCAACGUUCUAGACUUCAAUCGAAACGCAACGGCUAGAUUCCUGAUCGAUGUGGACUGCUACUUUGCACCAGACACCUUUGUCAAACGAGCCGUUCCUGUAGAUCAACUACGUGAUUCUCCAUCUCGUGAAGGAUCAACAUGGAAACCUGAGGAUGUUGCUGUUGACGCUGCUUUCUCUCAACUCCUUCAAUUGCCGUUUCCGGAACAUAAACUGGUGUAUUACCACUCAGUGCUUACGGAAGCCUGCAAAAUCGCCCCUGCUGCAAUUGCUCCUAGCCUGGGACGUGCAAUUCGUUUUGUGUAUCGAAACAUCGACAAGUUGGAUCUCUCACUUGCUUACAGAUUCUUGGAUUGGUUUACCCACCAUUUGAGUAACUUUGGAUUUACAUGGAAGUGGACUGAGUGGGUUGCUGACCUUGAGCUGCCCGAUGUGCAUCCGAAGAAGGCCUUCAUUAUUGGUGCCAUAGACAAGGAGAUCCGACUGAGCUUCGCACAGAGAAUUAAGGGGACACUCCCAGAGCCGUAUCACGAGUUGAUCACAGAAGGCAAAGAGAAGGAUACGCCGGACUUCAAAUUUUCUCAAGAGAAGGGGCAAGAACUCAUGAAACUUAUUCGUCAAAAAUCAUCAGAUGAAGAAAUCGAGACUGUUAUUACCUCUAUUGAAGAACAAGCCAAGACUCACGGGCUGGUCGACCCUCUCAUUGCUUCCACGGAUGUUUACAUGACCUCCAUCUGCUAUGUGGGAUCCAAAUCCCUGUCUCACUUCCUCUCGUGCAUUGAACGCUGCAAGGACAGACUCCUUGCCAUCGGCCCAAAGUCCGACGCCGCACGUCGCCAAAUCAUCAACUCCGUCAUGGAAUACUGGGCUGACCAACCUGGAAUCGGCAUUAACAUCAUCGACAAGCUAUUGAACUAUACCAUUCUCACCCCUCUUUCCGUUCUGGAAUGGGCACUAGUUGACAACCUUGCGGCUGGCUCAACGUUGGCAAAACCACACAUUUUCGAAAUGAUAGCUGCUACUAUGCGCAAGGUCACGAAUCGUAUGCGCCAGAUCGUGGCAGCUAGAACUCAACCAACCCUCUAUGAACCGCAACUCAGCAUAUUGGAGGAAACACUCAAAAAGGAAAAGGCAGAGAUGCUUUCUAUGUUUCAGCUAAUCGAAGAUACGCUAGUUCCUGUGGCUGGCGGAUAUAGCGACGGCAUGAUGGAGCGAACAGAAGACGAUGCACUCCAGCCUGAGAACGUGAUGAUUCAGCAGUGGGGAAGCAGGUGGUUGAACGUCUUUAGACGCAGGGUUGCGGUAGAGAGGGCGUUCAUCGACGAGGCGAUGAGUUCUGCUCCCGCUGUUGGAACCAUGGCUCCUCCGGCACCACCACUGGGCAUAGAUGAGAAGGCGGAGGAAACGAAAACGCUUGAAGAGCCAGCUAUGGAUGUUGAGGAGAUGCAUGACUAUGCGGAGAUUGACUAG